UGGAUUCAAAACUUGGACAGUGUAUUAUACUAAACUAUUCGGUUCUUAUCAUUACAAAAUGAUUUGCUGUUGUCUAUCCUUGUGCAGAUCUCUACAAAUUUUUAUUCUCCAAAUAUGAAUGUUGUCAAUGAGAACUUCCUCCCUCUGCUCAAACGCCUUAAUGACUGCAUAGCGUAUGUAGAAAACAAUCCACAGUAUGCUGAAUCCGGCGUUUACUUACUCAAAUUUCGACAACUGCAGUCUCGAGCAUUGGGUAUGAUUCGCUCUCAUGUACUUUCUGUACUCAAAAGUGCAUCUUCUCAGGUUCAGUCAGCAAUCCGGAGCAAUAGUAGCAGCAAGGCAUCUCUUGCUGAGGGUGUAGAGGCAUCUGUUAUAUAUGUUCGUUUCAAGGCAGCGGCAAGUGAGGUUCAUGCGGCCAGAAACUGCACAGGGCAUAUUUGUUAACUUCAAAAACUUGUACCAUUACAAUGGGAACAAGCU